AUGGAGAGUCAGCGGCACGUGGAGGCUGUUAGGUCUUGGAGUGUUCUUUGGUGUCACUUGGUUGCGGCUGUCUCGAGCCCGUUUUGUAGUUUUAUCCCGCUUGGCCUAGUGGCCCUUUCGGGUCCUUGUUCCGGGUGGGUUGGAGUGUUAGAGGGAUUGGAGCGGUUUUCAUUUGGGUAUGGCUCUUAUCUCUUCUUCUAUUGCGAUGGUGUUAUAAUGGUGGUGAAAGUUAUGAGUUUCAAGGAGUUCCCCGAGAGCUAG